GCUCGCUCUCGCAGCAGCCACUCUGCCGUUAUUCGGCUGUCAUCGGCCGUACCUCCCGGGAGCCGUCUCGUCCCCAAGCUUUGCACCGCAGGCCUCGCUAUCCUGAUAUUUUAAGUGGGUCAGACGUCGAAGAUAGUCGCUUUUAAACAUUUCCUACUCGGAUUCCCAGCAUAUUUCAGCAAAGGCCGACGGCGCAAGAUGAAGUUGGGUAGGGGCUGGAUGUGGUGCGCACUGCUCCUCUCCUACCUGGCUGUGGCAGCAGUAGCAGCCCAGGAGCCAGAGAUGGAGGCAGACGUUUCAGAUGUCAAGGCUGAUAUAAGCCCAAAUGAGGACGAGAUAAAGGUUAUGAUGGCUGAUGAGGAGGUGGAGGAGGUGGAGGAGGUAGAGGAGGUGGGGGAAGUGGAGGAAGUGGAGGAAGUGGAGGAGGAGGAGGAGGAGGAGGCAAGGGUGGAGGAAGAAGAAGAGGAGUUUGAAGUGGAGAGCAAAGGUACAGAAGACAGCAAAGGAGAGGCUAGCAAGGAUGGAGCUGAUGCCAAUGUCUCCUUUCAGGUAACAUACAAAACCCCUGUUCCCACGGGAGAGGUCUACUUCAGCGAGACGUUUGACGAUGGAACAAUGGACAGAUGGCAGCUGUCAAAGACUGUGAAGGAGGAUGCAGAUGAUGACAUAGCCAAAUAUGACGGGAAGUGGGCUGUGGAGUCACUGAAGGAGAACAAGGUCCCAGGAGACCAGGGUCUAGUGCUCAAGUCCCGGGCCAAACACCAUGCCAUCGCUGCACUGUUGGACAAACCCUUCAUCUUCCAGGAUGAUCCCCUGGUUAUGCAGUAUGAGGUGAAUUUCCAGGACGGCAUUGACUGUGGUGGAGCGUACAUCAAACUGCUUUCUGACACCAACAGUCUGGAUCUGGAGCAAUUCCAUGACCGCACACCCUACACCAUCAUGUUUGGGCCUGACAAGUGUGGCGAGGACUACAAGCUGCACUUCAUCUUCCGCCACCAGAAUCCUCUGAACAAAGACCUGGAGGAGAAGCACGCCAAGAGGGCUGAUGUGGACCUCAAGAAGUUUUACACAGACAAGAAGACUCACCUAUACACUCUGCUUCUGAACCCUGACAACAGCUAUGAGAUGUUCAUUGACCAGUCUAGCGUGAGCCGUGGCAGCCUUCUCCAUGAUGUGGUGCCUCCAGUCAACCCAGCCAAGGAGAUAGAUGACCCAAAUGACUCCAAGCCAGAGGACUGGGACGAGAGGGCCAAGAUUCCUGACCCCGAGGCUGUCAAGCCUGAGGACUGGGAUGAGGACGCACCCGCCAAGAUCGAGGACCCUGAUGCUGUGAAGCCAGAGGGAUGGCUGGAUGACGAACCUGAGUUUGUCUCCGACCCUAAUGCUGAGAAACCCGAUGACUGGGAUGAGGAAAUGGAUGGUGAAUGGGAAGCCCCUCAGAUCCCUAACCCAGCCUGUGAGACGGCCCCUGGCUGUGGACAGUGGAAGCCACCCAUGAUCAACAACCCUCAGUACAAGGGCAAGUGGAAAGCCCCUCUGGUGGACAACCCCAACUAUCAGGGAGUCUGGAGCCCCCGUAAGAUCGACAACCCAGACUAUUUUGAGGACCUGCAGCCAUUCAGGAUGAUGCCGGUCAAGGCGCUGGGCUUGGAGCUGUGGUCCAUGACCUCUGAUAUCUACUUCGACAACUUCAUUAUCACCUCUCACAAGGAGGUGGCUGACCGCUGGGCCUCUGACAGCUGGGGGCUGAAGAAACUGGUGGCCAGUGCCAACGAGCCGGGGGUUUUUGCCCAGCUGUUGAUGGCAGCGGAGGAGAGACCAUGGCUCUGGGUGAUCUACAUACUGACAGUAGGCCUGCCCAUAGGACUGGCUGUGCUCUUCUGCUGGCCAAAGAAAGCUGACGACGAUUACGUGUACAAGAAGGUGGAUCAGCCCCAGGCUGAUGUAGAGGAUGAAGAGGAGGAAGAAGAGGAGGAGGAGGCAGUGGCAGACAAGGAAGAGAAGACAGCUGAGGCGACAGCCACUGAAAGUGCACCAGCUGCAGAUGCAUCAGAAAAAGCUGAAGAGGAGGACGAAGGUGCAGAGGGAGGCGGAGACAAUCCAGAGGGAGACGAUGAAGAAGAGGAGGAGGAUGAGGAGGAGGAGGAGGAGGAAGGAGAUGAAGAAAGCAAAGCUCAUGAGAGGACAUCAGAAGAUGAGCCGAAGGAGAGUGGAGACAUCAGUGAAGACAGCCACAAACAAGCUGUGAGAAAGAGGAGGGUACGGAAAGACUGAAGACGUGAACCACAUGCCUUCUGUCUCCCUCCAUGUCCCCUUUCCUCCCUGCAUGCCCCAAUGAGGAGGAGGUGGAAGGACCAUGUCUGCUCCCUCCCCCUCCCUCCAUGCUGUGCAGCGGGCACUUCCUCCAGCCAACUGGUAGCCAGCAAUCACCCCGGCUGCCUCUUCCUCCUCUCCCCCCCAUCCCUCAUCUUUCGACCACACUCACCCGAGGUCCACAGGCUUUUCAGCAACACCCUGUAUCAUCUGUUCCCUCUCAUCUUACCCUUCCUGUUCACUCAUUCAGCUAUCAGAUGAAUUCCCAGGAGAGUUUGUGCAUUUAGCUUUCUCCCCCCGUUCAUUCCUGAGCUUCCAUGCUUUCCAUCCUUCCUCCCUUUGUAUGCCAUUACUGUCAAAAUGCCUCUCAGCCUAAAAAGCCCCGCCUCCUCUACCUCCAUCCCCGUUCACCCUGUCUCUGCUUUCAGUCUUCUUUCUGAAUUUAUUUUAUCAUAGUUCUUUGGGUUCACUGUUGGCAUUUUGAGAACUACCGGUCUGGCUCCUCAGAAGACGAGACAGCGGAGAGUGUCUGUACCGCUGUCAACUCCAGUUGUUCAUACCACUCACUGCAGAGCACAGGGGCUACAUCUCAGAAAUUUGAUUUCUUUUUUUAUUUUAUUUCUUGCAUCCUCUCUUUUGAAAGAACACAUUUGAGGACAAAGUUUGACAGAGUUCCUUCUUUUUGAACUUGUUCCUUAAUUGGGUUUCAAGAACGGGGCCAGGAGGAGAGGAUGCCAGGCAAUGAGGAGAGACUGCUUUUUGAGAUGUUACCGGAGUGUCAGGACAUUUCAGAUGACAAGUUGCCUCAGCUUAGGUACAAAAGAUUACCUCUAAGAAAAUGGAUGUUCUGUUUAGAUUUUUAGGUAGUUUAUCAAAGGGAGUCAGGAAGCGUCAGUUAGUUUGUGUGUUAGUUUUUCUUUUUCUUUUUUUUUUUUUAUUAAGUUAUAAAGUUUUGCAAAGUGAGGAUCAGCACUGAUAACCCUAUUUAUUAAUGUUUUAAAUGCGUGUUCAUUUUAUGCCAGUAUGAAUUAAACAUUUAUGAUGCAGUUUCUGAGUGACUUGAGGCAGUUGUUUUAUGUUUGUUACGCCACUGAUUUGCUUACUUUGAGCCUAGUUCUGUUUGAAAUGUACUUCUGUACCAUUCACGAUCAAAAUGUUGGACUUGCCAGCACUGAGUAGCUUACUGCACAAAUCCAGCAGUUUUAACACCUUGACUAUUAGCUGUCAAUCAAAAAUCAACCAGUAGGUGUGUUUCCUCAGCUGGACAUGUAACUUGUUGAGAGGUCGGUCAGUUAGUUGGCACUGAGCAGUGCUUUCCCAAAAUGUCUAGAGUAGCUGAAAUUCUGAUCCUAGAAUGUUGCCUGGGAAAGAUAUUAAUGCUUAUUUCUUAUUUUUUUGUUUUAUAUUAUUGUCUCAAGCUUUUGUAGUUCAUAUUCUCGCCUGAUGAUGGCAGAUAUCCCUGUUUACAUAUGUUUGCAAAUUGUACAUUGCUCUUGGAAAUAAAAUUAUUUAAUACAAAAGUU